AUGGCGAGAGGGGCGUGCUCACAGGUUGCACCCUGCGACGCUCUGCCUUGGGUCGAGAAGUACCGUCCGGCGACCCUCGACGACGUCGUCGCCCACAAGGACAUCAUCGCAACCAUCGACCAGUUCAUCAUCAAGAACCGUGUGCCCCACCUCCUCUUCUACGGCCCGCCGGGCACGGGCAAGACGUCGACCAUCCUCGCCGUCGCGCGCAAGAUCUACGGCGACCAGGCCAUCAUGCGCAACAACUGCCUCGAGCUCAACGCGUCCGACGACCGCGGCAUCGACGUCGUCCGCGAGCAGAUCAAGAACUUUGCGAGCACGCGCAUGCAGGGCUCGGCAGGACUCGGCUUCAAGCUCAUCAUCCUCGACGAAGCCGACAUGAUGACGACGGCCGCCCAGUCUGCCCUGCGUCGCGUCAUCGAGCAGUACACCAAGAACGUGCGCUUCUGCAUCAUCUGCAACUACGUCAACAAGAUCAUCCCGGCCAUCCAGUCGCGCUGCACCCGCUUCCGCUUCGCGCCUUUGCCCAAGGAGGAGGUCGAGAAGCGCCUGAGCCACGUCGUCGAGCAGGAGAAGGUCAUGCUGUCGGAGGACGGUCGUCAAGCCCUCCUCAAGCUCUCUCGCGGCGACAUGCGGCGCGCGCUCAACGUCCUCCAGGCCUGCCACGCCGCAUACGACCUGACUGACGAGACGGCCGUGUACCGCUGCACGGGCAACCCCGAGCCGCGCGACAUCGACGAGAUCAUGCGCAGCAUGAUGAACGACUCGUUCGAGGUGGCCUACCAGCGCAUCUCGUCGCUCAAGACGGAAAAGGGCCUCGCCCUGCAGGACAUCAUCCAGGGCGUGUACGACUUUGCGACGACGGUCGACUUCAGCGCGCCGACGAGGGUCUACUUCCUCGACCAGAUUGCCCAGGUCGAGCACAGGCUGUCGACCGGCGGGAGCGAGAAGCUGCAGCUGACGGCCCUCCUCGGCGCGACCAAGAACGCGAUCGAGCUCACGCCUGUCGGAGCGUAGCGAGGGGGGAGAGGAGCAGUCUGCAACCCGCUUGUCGCCGAU